UCCAGUUCAAGCUCCAUGACCGAGACAACGUCUGCUACUUAUCAACAAAUUGCCAAAUAUAACUUGAACGAAUUUGCGUCUAAGCCAAAAUUUGCACUAUUAGAACUGUAUUGCGACCCACGGGUGAAGUGACAGCGUUCCUUUUAAUACGACGUUAGGUACUCCGUGCUAGCCACCCGUUGAAGCGCACUGUUUACAUUUAUCGACUAACUUUUCUGCAGCAUUAGCUGUCACUCACUUCGAGUGCAUUAGUCAACGUUUGCCGUCUUUUUUCUGUUGAAAAAAUGGUUUGGGGCGCUACGUGUAGUCUGGGAGUAUUUCUGCAAAGCAGUUGAUACUUCGGUGGAGACCAAUGGAGCACAGAAAAAGGGAAACACUGAUGGGAGGAUGAGUGUAUAUAGACGGAAAACCCCAAAUACCUCAAUAGGGGGAGCCAUAAGGGCUGUUGAAGGACUUGCUGCCCAAGGUCCACUAUCCUCCAGGUCUAGGACCAGCUCAGAAACGAUGGAGAUGGGCUCCUCCAGGAGAAAACAGGGAGGACUGCGGCAAGAGAACGCCUGUCUGACGGAGCAAGACGAAGAACUCAUCAGUGACCUCGCUGUCAUCCCAUAUGAUCUGUCCACCCCUGGUGCUCAGGUUUGCUCCAGAACGCCGAGGGUUGAUGUUCAAAAUAGUGUUGUUGUCAUGAGCGAGCAGAUUCAUCACCUAGAAGUGGAGGUGGAGAAUAAAGCUAAAGAACUAAAGGCAGCUGAAAUCCGUGCUGAGUGCAGCCAGGAAGCUGCGGUCCACAGCGAGAUAGUGGUGGCCAGUCUCUCUGAGGAAAUGGAGGUGCUGAGGGAAGAGCUGGCCAAUGAGGUCGCUCUUUGUAAAAGGGCUGAACAGCAGAGGAACCGAGCACUUGAAAAUGCGGAGAAACUCAAAGAUGCUUUCAAGGACUACAAAACCAAAGUGUCAGUCAAACUCAAGGAGGUGGUAAGGAAUGAAAACGCACUGAAAGAACGUUUCACUAGCUGCAAUAGAGAAAGAGAAGCUUUACAAAUGAAGUUUUCUCUACUGGAGAGGGAGAGAGAUGAACUGAAGGAAAGAAUCAGUCAGCUAAUGGUGGAAGUUCGGCAGGCGAAUACGUGCGCCUCCGAGCGUUUGGACCUCCAAGCUCAGCUGGAGGAGACGAAGAAACAGGCUUCACAUCUGGAUCUGCUGCUAAGAGAGAAGAACGCCGACAGCAGAGAGCUGGUCUCACUCCGAAGAGAAGUGGAACACUUGCAGACUCUGACGAAGAAUCAAGAGCAGCAGGUGACUCAGAGCUGUAAGGAUGCUCAGCAGUGCCGGGCAGAGCUCAACAGUUUGGAAGCCAUAAUCUCCCUGCUGCAUCUGCGAGAGGGUGCCACUGGCCAAUUCUGUGUCAAUCCCUGCAUACUGCCCCCAGUGGAUUAUUCAAGAACUGCAGAAAUACUGCGGCUCAAGCCAGGUGAAGGUUACCAGCAUCUUCUCCCGGUGGUGCAGUUGAUGCAGAUAGAGCGGAAUAAACACAACAACCAAGUGGAGCGGCUCCAGGAGCGUCUGAACAAGGCGCAGGAGGAGAUUCACUCCUUGCAGAGCACCAUGGCCCAGAAAGUCUCCCACCACCAGAACCUCCAAAAGCAGUUGCAAGACAAAUUGAAUCAGUCAACAGAUGCAGAGAAAGAACUGAAGAGAAAAAGUGCUCGAGUGGCGGCGCUGGAGAAGCAGCUGCAGGAGAAAACCACAGCCUACGGUCAAGCUGCUCUGAAGAACACUGAGCUGGAGAAUCAGUUGCAGGAGAAGACCAAUACUCUGCAGCACUACCAAACUCUGAUGAGCAGAAGGCAGAGGGAGUAUCAGCAGUCUCUGGACAAGUGUCAGAAAUCACAAGACCAACAAAGCUCAGAGCAUCAGCACCGAAUAGAGAUGUUGCAGUUGUCCAUGGAAGAGGCUCAUUCUCAGCUUCUUGAGAUGGAGAAGGGGGUGACGUCGCUUCAGCAGGAGCGGGAUGCAGCCAGAAGUGUGGCUGAGCAAAUGGAAAGACUCAAGCAGGAGAUGCAGGUGGAAAUGAAGCAUAAAGAUGAGCAGCUGCAGAACUUCAGAGAGCAGGUCGCCCAGUCUGCUGACAAGGUGUUCGAUCUUCAGUCCACGCUGUUGACAUGCAGGGAAGAGCUGAACUCUCAGAAGCAGCAGAUGGAGGAGGCCAAGAGAAGGUGUGAUGCUGAGCUGCAGAAGAGCAAUGACAAGGUGUCCUCCCUGCAAGAAAAGCUUCACACGUCCAGCCUGCUUUGUUCUAGCACCAGCGAGCAGAACCUCCAGCUGCAGCUUUCUCUCCAGCAGCAGCAGAAUAUGUUGACGGAGAACAUGGGGCGCAUCGCUGAGCUGGAGGAGAGCCAGAGCCUGUUGCUGUCACAGGUGUCCAGUUUGGAGCGCGAGUUGGAGCAGGCCCGGGCUUCUCUGCAGAGCGAGGUGAAGACAAGAGAGGAACACACUCAAGUGAAGGCCCAAGACCUUCAGCUCAUGAACCAGAGGAACACCGAGCUGUCUGAGGCUGUCAGCAACCUGACAGCGGAGGUGAAGACGUUUAAAGGGGACCUGUCGAUGAAAAAUUCCGAACUGCAACGGCUGAGACGAGACGUGACCAUCAAGUCUUCUCAACUCUCCCACCUGGAGGAGAACCUGCAGCACACCAAGGCGAUGCUGGAGAACAAGAGUCACCUCGUGGCAGAUCUGGAAGAGAGGCUGCAUCGCUGCGAGGCGGACAAGCAGAACUCCUUCCAGAGGGUCCACACUCUGGAGGAGCAGCUGCACACGGUGCGGCUGGAGCUGAGCGAGACGUUAAACCAGCUGCAGGAACUGCAAGACGUUCUGCAGAGGACACAAACCAUCGCCGACGAGAGACGAGUCUCCGUCGAAAAGCUGACUAUAAAACUUAGUGAGACCCAGAGGGAGCUGGAGCACAGAACUCAUGAGGUCUUAGACUUGGACAAUGCACUGAAGGAGAGGCAAGGGGAGCUGCAGCAGAGGGCCAAGCUGCUGGGUCAGCUGGAUGUGGUCAUCAGAGACCACAGGCAGGAGAUGGACAGGAAGGUGGAGUCUCUGCAGCAGCAGCUGGAAGACAAGGAGCGGGAGCUGAGAGAUGCACAGCGGGAGGUUGCAGGCACACGUUCCAAGGAUUCUCAGGAGCUGCGACUCUGUCUUCGGAAUGUUCAGACUUUACACAAAGAUCUGGAGGAGACCCGACGUGAGUGUAGAUCUCUGACCAAAGAGCUGGACGACACUAGAAUACAGAUGAGGGAGAAGGACGUCAAGCUCUGCUCUCUGAGUGAGGAGCUCGACCUGAAGGGGGCGCACUGGCAGCAGUCGGAGUCCCGGUUGAAGGACAUGGUGGCUUCUUUAGAGCAGGAGCUGGCGCAGGAGAGGGAGCGGCACAACAAGGAGCUGGAGUCCCUGCAGCAGACGCGGGGACAGCUCCUCAAAGUCUCGGAGCAGAUGUCCUCCAACAUGCGCUCGUCCCACGACCAGCUGGCAGCACAAUUCCAGCAGGCCGAAGCUCGCCGUCAGAACACGGAAGCCCAGCUGGAUCAGGCGCGAGCGCUGGCAGACCACCUCCAAACGCAGCUGGACCAGAGUCAGAACCAGCUGCGCCAGAGUGAAGCUAACGUGGAGAGAAGUCGGACCUUGUACCAGCAGGCCCAAGAGCACAACGCUCAGCUUCAGUUCCAGUUGGAGGAACUCACAGUCCAGUUGCACACUGUCCAGACAGCUCAGCCGGGCAGCAAGGUCUUCUCUGCUGAAGCCGUGGAGAUGCCAAGGACGUCUCCUCUCAUACAAGUAAGAGCAGUCCAGGAUCACCCAGCUGCUGCCCACCAGAAGAGUCCAGAUGAAGACCAGAAUCGACUGGGCAUGGUGGCGUCAUCUUCACCAUCACAAGUCAGCCACUCAGGUGAGAGAAGCCUGGUGGUCUGUGAGUGGCUGCAGGACAGUCACGUGGACUCCUCUCUGGACCUUCCUCCGAGCCUCAAGGCCUCUCUGAGGAAGGCUCUGGCGGCGGCGCCCUCCGAAAGCUCUCUCCAAGACAACACGGUGGACUUCAGCUGGCACGCUCUCAUGGACGCCACCUCCGACGGCUCCUUCGACCCCCUCACGUAUAACGUCACGGAUGUGAGCACAUGCUUGAGCCUGGUUGAGGGCACGGAGCGCGAGCACGAUGCUGAGUCCAGGGAGUCCACUCUGGUGGGCGAGGACGGAGACCUGAGCUCGCUCUCUGGGAUGCUGCGGUUUGUCAACCAAACAUUAGCCAAGCAGGAAGUGCUCUCUCAGUCUUCUGGGACGUCGACACAGAGAGAGGAUUCACCACACUGAUUCAGAGGAAGACGUGAGGAAGGAAGAGCACCAUGAGAGACAUCCAUGUCAUCUGAAAAUGCCUCACACAAACCUGUCAUAUAAAUAAAGCUGGAAUAUUUUUUAUUUGUAUAAGGAGUAGCAUGCCAAUUGCAUAUUUUAACCUGCUUUUGUCUGUCAUUUUUUGUGUUUUUCAUCAUCUCCUCUAUGAAAGUCUUGUGUAAAUCCCGUGCCACUGUUGUGUUGCCCCAGGUUGCAGUUAUGAAUGUAGUUUUUUAU